AUGGCUGACACCGGUCUACGUAUGAAUUUCGCAGCUUUAAAGAGGGCAGAUCCAUAUGCUAGAGAAAUAAUUGAUAGUGCUACUCACGUUGCCCUUUACACUUUUGAGGAAAACGAAUGGGAGAAAACUAACAUCGAAGGCGCAUUGUUUGUGUACAGUAGAAAUGGUGAACCUUACCACAGUUUGGUGAUUAUGAACAGAUUGAAUACGAAUAAUUUGAUCGAGCCAGUUUCCAAAGGAAUAGAAUUACAAUUAAAAGAGCCUUUCCUACUGUAUAGGAACGCGAAGUGCCGAAUUUACGGCAUAUGGUUUUACGAUAAAGACGAGUGUGUUAGGGUAGCCACGAAGUUGAAUUCUAUUGUUAAAGAUUCCAUGAAGCCGAGUGAAAAUAUGGCGCAAAAUCCUGCUUACAACGCCCCUGCUUCAUCUAGUGGUCCAGUCGAUAUUUUUAGCAUGCUGAGUAAAGCUCAGGAUGAUUUUAAUUCUAAUAAAGGCCUUGCAAACAAAAACGAAUCGACUCCUUCAAGGGCCCCUGAUAUGACAUCACAAAGCGUGAUGGACUUCUUUGCAAAAGCCGGUAGCGGUGCGGCGGCUCAAAUGCCCGCAGUGUCGUCGCUCCCGUCACCGGGAAUCUUCGGUCCACGGCCUUCCGAUUCCCGUGAAGGUCCCUUACUUCUUCAGAGACUCAUGAGUAACCCAGCGCACUCUGUGGAACAUAUAGAAAAACAACAGAGGUCUGUCACUCCGCAAGAGAACCAUAACACGAAUGGAAAUAUUUCUUUGGAGUCUUCGAUGAGACAGAACAGUGCAUACCCAUUAAAGUCCACACCUAUUGAUUCACAAAGCCAACAGAGGAUAUCAAAUAUGAAGAUGAUUCAGGUACUAGAUACUGUGGACGCUAACGGCCCCAAUCCAUUAGAGAGUGAACUAAAUUUAAUGCACAUUUCAUCACCAAAACCAACCUCGCCUUUGGCAGCAUACUUGAGCCAAUCACAGAUCACAGAUGUUGGCCACCCGGCAAGCUCUUUUAAUGGUAACAAGUUUGAAGAGGUUGGAAUAUUUCCUUUGAUUAACCCUCUAACUCUCGCUGCACAGCAGAAGCCAGCAUUGAUGCCUCCAACAAUGUUCACCAUAACCACUGGUGGAGAUAUCCAGUCCUCUCCUGAGCCUCUGACUAGGAAUCAACUACUCCAAGCAUUCAACUAUCUUCUUAAGCAUGAUGCUGACUUUGUAAACAAAUUACAUGAAGCCUAUGUGAAAUCAUUCUCAGAAAAAGCUUUUUCUGUGUCA